AUGAUCCUUUUAAGUAUUUUAGUGACGUUGUGUGUUAGCUGUCGUCUUGGGAAUGGCGUUGGUCUUCGGGGGUUUCACUUUAAAGGUUUGGAUGAACCAGUUUCUUCGAACGGGAUCUUUAGCCAGAGUAUAAGCGAACGUUGGAUCGAGCAGCCUCUCGAUCACUUCAAUCCACGAGACAAUCGCACUUGGUCAAUGCGAUAUUACGAGAAUCCCGAGUUAUUUAAAGAAGGCGGACCGAUUCUGAUUAUGAUCGGAGGGGAAUGGGAAAUAUCUACAGGUUUCUUACAGGCUGGUUUAAUGUACGAAAUUGCCCGUACCCAUGGCGCUAUGAUGUAUUACACCGAGCAUCGUUAUUACGGCAAAAGCCGGCCGACCGCGGAUGUCAGUUCGAGGAAUUUGCAAUACUUGAGCGUGGACCAAGCGUUAGCGGAUUUAGCGUAUUUCAUAGAAACUAAAAAGAAAGAGGAUAAACUUAAUAAUAGCAGAGUCAUCGUUUUCGGAGGAUCAUACGCUGGAAAUAUGGCAACCUGGUCCAGACUUAAAUACCCUCACCUGAUUCAAGGUGCGUUGGCUAGUAGCGCGCCAGUUUUUGCGAAGGCCGACUUUCAUGAGUAUUACGAAGUCGUGACUGAUUCGCUGGGUAAACAUAGUCAGCAAUGCGUGGACGAUAUUAAGGCCGCGUUCGACGCGGUUGAACAACUGUUGGCAGCUGAGAACGGCCCGAGGAAAUUGAAAUCUUACUUCAACUUGUGUGAGGUACCAAAGGCGGACUCACCCAGCGAUCUUGGGCUCUUCAUGAACGCUUUAGCGGAGAUGUUUGCCGGUAUCGUUCAGUAUGACAGCGUGGUAAACGGACGGACAAAAAUCGCUGAUUGCUGCAUCAAGAUGACAGCACCUUAUUUGGGCAGCCCUCUUCAAAGACUAGCUCGUCUCGUGUACAACGAGGAGAACUGUUUACCAAUCGAUUACCAGGAAUUCGUUGGGUUUUACGCUAAUAAAACUUGGAACGAAGAAGACAUCAUGAGACAGUGGACCUAUCAAACGUGCACGGAAUAUGGUUAUUUUCAAACGACAAACUCGACGAAAUCCAUUUUCGGUACCCUGUUCCCAUUGAGUUUCUUUACUGACCUGUGCACCGAUCUGUACGGCGAUUAUUAUAAUGACGUUUUCUUGGACACGAGAGUCAAAAGAACGAACAUAAUGUACGGAGGAUUACGUCCAGACUUGCGGAACGUAAUUUUCACUAACGGGGACGUCGAUCCCUGGCACGCUCUUUCAGUUCUCGAACAUUUGAACGAUUUCUCACCUGCUAUAUUGAUUAAAGGCUCGUCGCAUUGUAGCGAUCUGUACAACGAUGAAAAAACGGACGUUCCGGAGCUUAUUAACGCAAGAGCGAAAGUACGAGAAAUCAUCAGCGGUUGGAUCGCUUCGUAAACUUUCGAUUUCAUUCGCUCUCAAAGAAGAAACAAUUGAAUAAAUGUAGAAAAAUAUACGUAUAUUUACUAUCUAUUUACAACCGAUCGUGUGCCACCAUGAAUUUUCUGUGACUUACAAAUACAAUAUUAAACGUAA